GAUACAAAAAACAACAUGAAUUUAGAAAAGAACGAAUACAUGGUUAAUAAUUAUUUUCAUCAAUUAUCUAAAAAUAAUGUUUUGAAAAUAGUAGUUACAGAUGGCACAACGGAAAUUGCUCGAUCGUUUCUAUACAGAAUACUUACUGAUGAUGUGUUCGGAAAAAAUCAAUGUAUUUUUAUCAGUCUUUACGAAUUAUCAACCAAGACGAUGUUUUUGGAAAGCCUUGCAAUUGAAUUAAAUUCCUUUAGCCCUAAGCUUCUAAGUGGUAUCAGUUACAGCAAUAAUGCUUUCGAAUUCAAGGAUGCAGAUGUUGUAAUUUGCAUUGGUCAUUCGAGAGAAUAUAAUUUCAAAGAACCCGAAUACACAGAAUCCUUUUUUAAAGAUUAUGUUCUUAUAUCCAAAUUUUAUGGUCAAAUUAUAAAUAAAUAUGUGAAAAAAGAUGCAAGAAUUAUUGUACUCGGAAAUACUGCUGCUACGAUUAUAUCCAAAUAUGCGAAAUCUAUUCCUAUUAAAAAUAUAACUACUUUGUCCAUGCUUAAUUUAAAUAUUGUUAAAACUCAGAUUGCCGCACGAGCAAAUUGUCUUCCAACGGAAGUGAAAAAUAUAAUAAUUUGGGGUUCAAAUGGAACAUAUUGUUUUCCAGAUUGUAGGUAUUUAUAUUUUACCAAUGGAAAACCUAUGAAAAAUUCUUUAAAAAUUUGGAUAUAUAAUGAUCUUCCACGUAUUAUUCAAAGUACCAACAAUAGAUCAUGCUUAAUUAAUUCCAUAGCUUAUGCAUUAGCAGAGCAUUGUAAAAUCUUAUGGAAUGGUACUCCAGAAAAUGAAUGGACCAGUAUGGGUGUAUUGUCCGAUCUUUCUUAUUCGAUUCGAUCUGGAAUAUUUUUUUCUUUUCCUGUAAUUUGUAAGGACAAACAAUGUGAAAUUAUAAAGAAUUUUGAAUUAGAUGAAUAUGUUAAAAAAUACAUUGUGGAUUUAAGUAGAUUAAUUUUUAGAGAAAUCGAAAUUGCUCUUGAAAUUUGUGGCUUGAUAUCACACGAUGAUUAACUAUGAUAAUGACUUACUAAUAUAAGAAAUGGCUCCGCAAGCAGCGAGAGUACUAGCUACAUAUACCACCGCCGUAGUAGUUCCAGAUUUACUAACAAUUGUCCCGAGACAACAGGAGAGUAGGAACUGGGCUAAAAACACCAUG